GCUUAGGUUGAAACGUGAAUACUGUACCGAAGGAUGCCGGCAGGGACACUGACUCAUUAAGGAGAGCUGAGUGUCAGCAGAGAGGGGAGGAGGCAACCUUGCAGGCAUUGCCAGGGGAAUUCCCAGCAGUGUCACUCACGGCACUCCCUGGCCAGAUGGAGACCACCAUGGGGGUCAUGGAUGAGAAUGCCACUAAUACCUCCACCAGCUUCAUUUCUGUGCUUGACCCCAACGGGGCACAAGCUGCUUCCUUCCCAUUCACCUUCACCUAUGGAGAUUAUGAUACGCCCUUGGAUGAAGAUGAGGAUGUGACCAAUUCUCGGACAUUCUUUGCUGCCAAAAUUGUCAUUGGCAUGGCCCUAGUGGGCAUCAUGCUGGUCUGUGGCAUUGGCAACUUCAUCUUUAUUGCUGCCCUGGCCCGCUACAAGAAACUGCGCAACCUCACCAACCUGCUCAUCGCCAACCUGGCCAUUUCUGACUUCCUGGUGGCCAUUGUCUGCUGCCCCUUUGAGAUGGACUAUUAUGUGGUGCGGCAGCUCUCCUGGGAGCACGGCCACAUCCUGUGCACCUCUGUCAACUACCUGCGCACUGUCUCUCUGUAUGUCUCCACCAAUGCUCUGCUGGCCAUCGCCAUUGACAGGUAUCUGGCCAUUGUCCACCCGCUGAGACCACGGAUGAAGUGUCAAACAGCCACUGGCCUGAUUGCCUUGGUGUGGACAGUGUCCAUCCUCAUCGCCAUCCCUUCCGCCUACUUCACGACUGAAACAGUCCUCGUCAUCGUCCAGAGCCAAGAGAAGAUCUUCUGCGGCCAGAUCUGGCCUGUGGACCAGCAGCUCUACUACAAGUCCUACUUCCUCUUCAUCUUCGGCAUUGAGUUCGUGGGCCCUGUGGUCACCAUGACCCUGUGCUACGCCAGGAUCUCCCGGGAGCUGUGGUUCAAGGUGGUGCCCGGGGUCCAGACGGAGCAGAUCCGCAAGAGGCUGCGCUGCCGUAGGAAGACGGUCCUGGUGCUCAUGGGCGUCCUCACGGCCUACGUGCUGUGCUGGGCACCCUUCUACGGCUUCACCAUCGUGCGCGACUUCUUCCCUGCCGUGUUCGUGAAGGAGAAGCACUACCUCACUGCCUUCUAUGUGGUCGAGUGCAUUGCCAUGAGCAACAGCAUGAUCAACACCUUGUGCUUCGUGACCGUCAAGAACAACACAAUCAAGUAUUUCAAAAAGAUCAUACUGUUCCACUGGAAGUCUUCUUACCAUGGCGGUAAGUCCAGUGCAGACCUGGAUCUGAAAACGACUGGGAUGCCUGCAACCGAAGAGGUGGACUGCAUCAGACUAAAGUAA